ACUCGGUGAGCCGAAAGGCCUGUUUCCACGUGGUAUCUCUAAACUAAACUCGUGUGAUUGUUGCUUGGCUUGGUCUCGGUGUGCCGAACGGCCUGUUUCCACUGAAGGACUGUAUCUCUAUGUAAACUAAUCAUGAUAUCCAGCUUUGCUUCUCACUUGCCUUUGAGUUCACUUACCUCUGCAUAGCAGAAAUAUUUAGUGUUUAAUUUUGUUUGAUCAAAUAUAUUUGGGGGUUUUUUCUCUGCAACUGAAUAUGUGUUUUGAUUCCCAGACCAGAUCCAUUUUGAUGAUGGCAAAUCAGAUUUUUAAGAAACUUACUCUAUUUGGCAGCAAACAUAGAGUCAAGUUAUUAGCUGUUUCCUGUGGAGGAUUAUUUGCCACCAAUGCUUUCUGUCAUGUCUUUCCCCAACGGACGUAUGGAAAGUUGUAUCAAGCUUGGUCCAAGGGAGAUCCGGCUGAACUUCCAGAGAGGUUGCAAGCCACUUUCCAAGAGGUGCUUCAAGAUGCCGGAGUGGAUUCAACGCAGAAUUAUACAGCGUUCGCUGCCUUCAGCUUUCAACCCGUGAGUGCGGGUGUUCCCUGGUUGCCCAGUGGAGCUCUCAUUGGCAUCCCAGUUAAUUUCAACAGCACAGGGGCGGAAGGGCAAGGAAUAAUCAACCGAAUUGUCAUGAUUAAUGGCAGGAACGUCAAGUGGGAUAGUGAGGUGGGGAAAUCUCUGAGAGAAUCCCUCACCUUUUCCUCCGAUGCGCAGAGGUUUGCCAUUGCAAGAGAGGUGAUGUAUUUGCAAAGCAGUGGCCCCGUCCUUCAGUCUGCGCUCGCACCAGCUUGCUUAGCAGGCACGUACGUGAUAGGUGUGGCCUCGAAGCAAGCCCUCGGCCUUUACUCGGGACCCUUUUUAUUACGUGGAGUAUUUAACCUGGCUGCGGCAGCAGUGGGCUUUGUGGGUUAUUUUCUUUUUUCUGAUGCACUCAGUCACUGGCUCGACUACCGAUCAGACCACCGGACAGCAACAAUAUCAAAGAAUUAUGCCAAGGGAGGCAUUGAAUUUUAUGAUAAAGUUCUUGCACGAAAUCGAACUUUCCGUUUGCUCCUUGGCAAAAAAGGGAUGGAAAUGUACGCAACAAAUGGCAACCUUUUCCCUAAGCAUUGGUUCCGACUAAAACAUGCUCCUUACACCUCCCGGAAGGAGAUGAUUGAAAACACCCUGAAAGACUGUUGGAAGUAAAAUUGAUUUGACAAUAUUUAUUUGCUCAUCUCCAUGUAUCAUGUAAACUUCGUCGAUUUUACUUGACUCUCAUCCAGAUUUUGUGUUUGAACUGAACCGCAUUGUCAUCUGAUUACUCAACCUUUGUGGGAACCAUUUUUUACUUCCAUUAUUGCAAAAACACAGUUGUGAGUUUAAAACCUGUAAAACAGAGCUAAAGUGAAAUAUGCCACAGUCAGUCACAAUGUAAAAAAUCAAUGAUAUCCUUAACUUGCUUUUCAACUGCUAGUGUUUCUAAAACUACUGCUUGCCUUGUGCCAUGCAAGACUGAACUCUUGUUAAUUGACAAAAAUCCAAAAGCACAUAUUGAAUGUCAUGAAAUCUAAAUGCAAAAUAUACACGUUACCUAUUGGAUAUCCUGAAGUUUUAUUUGUCAGAUUAUGGGAGAGGGAGGGGGAAAUAUUCAAUUUCACUUCUACUUUUUGAUUAUUUGCAAAUAGCCAUGACUAUCAUAUUGUGGAAAUUAUGUAACCUUUCAGAAUAUGUAAAGUUGAUAAAUUAGUAUGGUUUUUCAUGCUAUGUUGAUGACAGAAUAAUAUGUUGGAGGAGAAAAUUGAGAUAAUCUACAGACUGCAGUUAAAGGCAAGGUAAUGGAGAAAUAGAAAGGAGGUGAGGAAGAAUUUUCAAGUCAAGUCAAUUUUAUUUCUAUGGCACAUUUAAAAACAACUCUCAUUGACCAAAGUGCUUUACAU